CGGGGUACAUGGACAAGUUGGCAUCCAGCUGCUUCGUCCAGCACGGAGCACCGUCCCAAAGCUUGAAGCUCUACGGUCUUCAGAGACCAUCCACUUCGCUUCUCACGUCCGGCAGGCGAUCCGUUCCCAUCCUCCGGUGCGCCGCGGCCGCCAAAGAAACGAGCGUCGACGACAUCAAUGGCGGCGACGGCUUCGACUUCCAUUGCUACCUGUCGGCCAACGCCAAGGCGGUGCACGACGCGCUGGACGUAGCCCUGUGGGGCCUCCGGUGCCCCGCGUCCCUGAGCGCGUCCAUGCGCCACUCCAUCCUCGCGGGCGGCAAGCGCAUCCGCCCGGUGCUGGCCAUCGCCGCGUGCCAGCUCGUGGGCGGGGCGGCAGCCGCGGCGACCCCCGUGGCCUGCGCCGUCGAGAUGAUCCACACCGCGUCGUUCAUCCACGACGACAUGCCGUGCAUGGACGACGACGCGCUCCGGCGCGGCCGGCCCUCGAACCACGUCGUCUUCGGCGAGGCCACGGCGCUGCUGGCGGGGGACGCGCUCCUGGCUCUCGCGUUCGAGCACGUGGCCCGGGGCAGCACGGCCGCCGGCGUCCCCGCGGACCGUACCCUCCGCGCAGUCCUGGAGCUCGGGAGCGCCGGCGGCCCGGGCGGCAUCGCGGCGGGGCAGGUCGCGGACAUGCAGGGCGAGGGGGACCCCUCCGCGCGCCUCCCCGCGAUGAAGUACAUCCUCGUACACAAGGCGGCGCGGCUGGUGGAGGCCGCGGCGGUGUCGGGCGCCGUCGUCGGGGGAGCCGGGGACGCCGACGCCGAGCGCGUCCGCCGCUACGCGCACUUCCUGGGCAUCCUGGGCCAGGUGGUGGACGACGUGCUGGACGUGACGGCCACGUCGGAGCAGCUCGGGAAGACGGCGGGCAAGGACGCGGCCGCCGGGAAGGCCACGUACCCGCGGCUGCUGGGCCUGGAGGGCGCGCGCGCGUACGCGGGCGAGCUCCUCGCCAAGGCCGAGGCGGAGCUCGACGGGUUCGACGCCGCGCCCGGUUCCAUAUGGCUCUAUGGGCUUUCAUGUGGACUGUAGUUUUAGCCCAUUCCUUCAAACCACUGCACUUGGCAGCCUACUAAAUUUCAGUUCGUUUCCGGCCCGUCACGGACCGGAGCUGUAGUGGGCUCUGCCCUGGGAAGGGCUACGGGCUUUGUGAGUGCCGUCCGUUAUUCCGUCACGAAUAAACUUGUAAGUGCCCCGUUAAAAGUU